AUGGUACCAUUUAAAAAAUCAUUAUUUCCAAGAGAAGAUGGAUAUCGUCCUGUUGCUUCUGUUGGCGGUAUUGUUUGUUUUGUCAAUCUUCUUCAAACACGUUUCUUCGUGGGUAACCCGCUUACUCAGACACUCAAGGAGCUUCCUGCUAGGUCAAAAAUUAAUUGGCCUAUAGCAGUCGUUGGAAUGUGGAUGUAUGGAAAAUCUAUAGUCGAGGGCUACAAGAUCAUUUGCAUCAAUGGGGAGUUGGGCCAAUACAUAAUUUUUGACUCUAUCAAGAAUACAUGGUAUGAAUCAGGAGUCAUGCCGGCGAUUAGAAUGUUGCCGUUGUAUUUGAGCUUUCUCCCGCAGGCUAUCUCUAUAGACGAUUGUCUUUACUUCACGUGUUCGAAUCCAGAAGGUAUAAUCUCCUACAAUAUGUUGUCGGGAGUUUGGAAUCAUUUUUUAGUCCCGAAUCCUCGUGUUUUGAUUGCUAACCGAUUUCUCGUGGAAUGUGGGGGUCGGAUCAUGCUCGUUGGUUCGGUGGAAAGUGAAAUAGAAUCAUGUGUUUCUGUUCGCAUUUGGGAGUUACAAAAAAUGACGUUACUAUGGAAAGAGUUCGACAGGAUGCCAAGUGAGUGGUGCUUGGGAUUGAACCGGAAGAACACUAUCCACAUGAUUUGUAUAGGUAACAAAGACAUGAUCAUGUUGUCAUUUGUAUCUGAAAAAAGGAACAAGUUUGUUACUUAUGAUGUUUUGAAGAAAGAAUGGUUGCAAGUUUCUAUAAGGACGCGUCAGAGGUUAGAACGUGGAAUCACAUUUUAUCCUUGCAUUACAGCAACAGUUUAA